AACAAAAUAAGUUCCGCUAACCCAAAAACCACCCUGAAUAGUACAGUCUGGAAGCUGAGGCUCUUCCUAAGCAGCCAUGGCGGACCGCUCCAAAGAGCUCCAUGUAGCAGUGCUCGCCUUCCCCUUCGGCACCCACGCCGCUCCUCUGCUCACCCUCGUCCGCCGGCUAGCCGCCGCUGAGCCAGCCUUCAAGUUCUCCUUCCUCAGCUCUGCUAGCUCCAACAGGACCAUCUUUUCAGGCUCCAAAGCCGGGGACUUGGGCAACAUAACGCCUUUUAACGUGUGGGAUGGCGUUCCUGAAGGCCACGAGCUCUCCGGGAACAUCCAUGAGGGUGUCCAGUUUUUCCUCCGGGCCACGCCGGGAAACUUCUGGGCAGCCGUGGAAGAAGCGGAGACGGCGUCUGGGUCGAAGGUCGGCUGCUUGUUGAGUGAUGCUUUUCUGUGGUUUGCCUGCGAUAUGGCGACGGAGAUGAAGGUGCCAUGGAUGCCUUAUUGGACGGCUGGAUCAUGCUCGCUUUCUGUUCACUUGAAUACGGAUCUCAUCCGAAGCUCACAGCUGGGAAAAUCAGGUCACCAAAUAGAGAAGCAAGUCCAAAGGGCCUUUGAGGAGGCAGGGCCAAUUUUGGCCCAGCAGCUUAGGCCCAAAUUGAAGCCCAGCUCGGCCAGCCCUCUCCCAGGCGCGUCCAAAAAUGGAGAUGGAGCUCUCGAGUUCAUCCCAGGAUUAUCAUCAGUCCGCCCGGACGAUAUACCAGACGGGAUCCUUACCGGAAAGCUAGACUCGCCGAUGGCUGAACUGCUCCAUAACAUGGCAAAACACCUCCCAAGGGCCACCGCCGUGGCGCUGAACUCCUUCGAAGAGCUAGAGACCGCCAUUGCAGCCGACCUCAAGUCGAAGCUCCAAAAGGCGCUCUGCAUUGGCCCCUCAACCCUAUCAUCACCAGCUUUAUCGAAAUCAGACGAGAAUGGAUGCCUCUCGUGGCUGGACAAGCACGAAGCCGCAUUCGUGGCGUAUAUCAGCUUUGGGACCAUAACCACGCCACCUCCUAAUGAACUGCUAGCACUGGCAGAGACACUCCGAUCAAGCAAAAUUCCAUUUCUUUGGUCGCUGAGAGACCAUUCAAGGGGCCUACUGCCGGAAGGGUUCGUGGAAGAGACGGAGAGUUACGGGAAGAUGGUAACGUGGGCUCCCCAGCAGGAAGUCUUGGCGCAUCCGUCGGUCGGCCUGUUCGUGACUCACUGCGGGUGGAACUCGAUCCUGGAGAGCAUUGCCGGCGGCGUGCCGAUGAUUUGCAGGCCUUUUUUCGGAGACCAGCAGCUGAACGGCAGGAUGGUGCAGGAUGAGUGGCGAAUUGGGGUGAUGGUAGAGGGUGGAAUAUUCACGAAAGCUGAGACAAUUCGUGCUCUGGAACUUGUUCUGUCGGGCGAGGAAGGGAAGAAAAUGAGGGAGAAGAUCUGGGUUCUAAAACAAAAUGCACUAGAGGCUGUUGGACCAAAUGGAAGCUCAACUACAAAAUUCAGCACAUUGGUGGAGCUGAUAAGAUCUUGUAAGUCGUAAGCUCCUGCAUAUUUACGUUUUUUUUUUGUCUGAAAUAAACUCCUUUUACAAAGGUGGCAUUCACCCGGAGUACUUAAAUUUUGGGUUUGUAAGUAAAUAUCUGCUAAAUUAUGAAUUUUGCUUAGACUAUGGACUGAUUGGUUUUUGCACCUCUUUGGAGAUAAAUUGAAAUUUUAAUUUAGUUUAAGUAC